ACAGGGUCAACAAGUCGUCACCCCAGCACCUUGGCGGGCGCCCCCGUGCCCAGGGAUCGAGGACCCUUCAUCUGCCGAACACUCCAAGUGGAGCAGGUCGGUGCGUUUCGGGGAACAGGGGCCGAGAGGCGAGGACCAUGCACCUGUCCAGGGGUGCAGGAAAUCGUGCACCAGUCCAGGGGCGCAGGAGACCGUCCACAGUUCCAGGGGCGCAGGAGAUCGUGCACAGGUCCAGGAGUGCAGGAUCCAGGAGCAGGUGCCGAGCUCCGCUCCCCGAGCCCGGCCGGGACACGCUCGUCGGGACGCAUGAGCGCUGUUGUGCGUAGGGUCCCCUCACUCACGAGGACGCGGGGUGCGAUCCAGCGCCGGAGUUGAGCGUUCGGCCUCGUGGUGGGGGUUCGCCCGCGGAGGGUCAGGCGGUGUCGGGGGCUGCACCGCGGGGUCCUUGGCCCCUCCUGGACCGCGUCUCCCGCCGGCAAGGGGACUGCGGUGUCCGCGACCCUGGGGCCCCAAGGCUGUCGCCGCGUCCCCUGGCCACGCGGAGGAGCGGGUGCGCUCCGCGCCGGGGGUUCACCCUCCGCCGGCUCCUGGAAGGCUCCCGGCGCCAGGCGGGGCGGGGCGGUCUGCGCCUGCGCGCUGCGCGCCCGCGCGUUCCCAUGGCGACGGCGCCGCGCGGCCGGGCGGACGCGGUCCCGGUGCGGCGGCGGGUCCCGGGCCGUGUCUUUGUUGCUCCGGCGCGGCGUCGCCCUGUGGCCUGGCGCCGAGGUCGGGAGCGCGGCAGGAGCACGGCGGCUCACUGGCCCGGAAGGGAAGACCCCGCCGCAGUGCCGGGCAGCUGGUUCGGAUGCGUGCAGAAGCCUGACAUGAGCUCCUGGAACCUGGCGGAGAGGAGCCGCGCGCGGUAUCGCAGGCAUUUUUUGGUGGACAACAGUGCAUUUCACGUUGAAAGAUGCAUGAGUGUGAUGCAGUCCGGGACACAGAUGAUCAAACUGAAGCGCGGGGCCAAGGGGCUGGUCCGGCUCUUUUACCUGGAUGAGCACCGGACCCGCCUCCGAUGGAGACCCUCCAGGAAGAGUGAGAAGGCAAAAAUCCUUAUUGACUCCAUUUACAAAGUCACUGAGGGCCGGCAGUCUGAAAUAUUCCACAGGCAAGCCGAAGGGAACUUUGACCCCAGCUGCUGCUUCACCAUCUACCAUGGCAACCACAUGGAGUCCCUGGACCUCAUCACCUCCAACCCCGAGGAGGCACGCACCUGGAUCACAGGGCUCAAAUACCUGAUGGCCGGCAUCAGCGAUGAAGACUCCCUUGCCAAGAGGCAGAGGACCCACGACCAGUGGCUGAAGCAGACCUUCGAGGAAGCUGAUAAGAAUGGUGAUGGCUUGUUGAAUAUUGAGGAGAUACACCAGUUGAUGCAUAAGCUCAACGUCAACUUGCCCCGAAGAAAAGUCAGACAGAUGUUUCAGGAAGCUGAUACAGAUGAGAAUCAGGGGACCCUGACAUUUGAAGAGUUCUGUGUUUUUUACAAAAUGAUGUCGUUGAGACGGGACCUUUACCUGCUGCUCUUGAGCUACAGUGACAAGAAGGAUCACCUGACAGUGGAAGAGCUGGCUCAGUUCCUCAAGGUGGAGCAGAAGAUGAAUAAUGUGACAACAGACUAUUGUCUUGACAUCAUAAGGAAAUUUGAAGUUUCAGAAGAAAAUAAGGCGAAAAAUGUUCUUGGCAUAGAAGGCUUCACCAGCUUCAUGCGCAGCCCGGCCUGUGAUGUGUUCAACCCGCUGCACCACGAGGUCUUCCAGGACAUGGAGCAGCCACUGUGCAACUACUACAUCGCCUCCUCCCAUAACACCUACCUGACCGGGGACCAGCUGCUGUCGCAGUCCCGGGCGGACAUGUAUGCACGCGUGCUGCAGGAGGGCUGCCGCUGCGUGGAAGUUGACUGUUGGGAUGGCCCAGAUGGAGAGCCAGUCGUACAUCACGGUUACACCCUGACCUCCAAGAUCCUCUUCAGAGACGUCGUGGAGACCAUCAACAAGCAUGCCUUCGUGAAGAAUGAUGCUGUGGGCUGUGUUGCUCUUCCCUGUGUUGCCCUCAGGUUCCCAGUCAUCCUGUCCAUUGAGAACCACUGCAGCGUCCAGCAGCAGAGGAAGAUUGCCCAGUACCUGAAAGCCAUAUUCCGGGACAAGCUGGACCUAUCGUCUGUGGACACAGGGGACAGCAAGCAGCUUCCGAGCCCUCAGAGCCUGAGAGGAAAGAUCCUGGUGAAGGGCAAGAAGUUGCCUUAUCACCUUGGAGAUGAUGCAGAGGAAGGGGACGUUUCUGACGAGGACAGUGCAGAUGAAAUUGAAGACGAGUGCAAGUUCAGGCUUCACUGUAAUAACGGAACUACUGAGCAUCAGGUGGAAUCGUUCAUCAGGAAAAAACUGGAGUCGCUGUUAAAAGAAUCUCAAAUUCGAGACAAAGAAGAUCCUGACAGUUUCACGGUGCGGGCUCUGCUGAAGGCCACGCAUGAAGGCCUGAACGCACACCUGACACAGGCUCUCAAGGAUUCAUCCUGUGGGGUGGGCGCUGCCCCCAGACCUGGAACCCGCCCUGGGGAGCCGUGGUGGGUGCUGUGUCCAGGCGGGUGCCCAGGCCUCUCCACGCCAGUGUCCUCUUUCAACCAACUCAGCUGCCUUGAGGGGGCGGGUGGAGCAGGAGGAGGUGAGGGGGACCGCCUGCUUUCCACCGAGAGGCAGAGGGAGGGUCCCGCCAUUCCACCAGAUCUAAGGGAGACUCAAGAGCAGAGGAUAAAAACACUCACAUUUACUUUGUUUACGCAGCACCCAGAUGUGAAGGAAAGUGGGAAGAAAUCGCACGGACGAUCCCUCAUGACCAACUUUGGGAAAUACAAGCAGAAAACCACAAAAUCACGGUCUAAAUCUUACGGUACUGAUGACGAGGAGGACGCACAGCAGCCUCCUAGCAAGGAGCCCAGCCCGCUUUCCAGGCUUGGUCGCCGGAGGAAAACCAUGAAGCUGUGCCGAGAGCUCUCAGAUCUGGUUGUGUACACAAACUCUGUGGCAGCCCAGGACAUCAUGGACGAUGGAAGCACAGGAAAUGUGCUGUCAUUCAGUGAAACAAGAGCACAUCAGGUUGUUCAGCAGAAGGCAGAGCAGUUCAUGGUUUACAACCAGAAGCAGCUCACAAGGGUUUACCCCUCCGCCUACCGCAUUGAUUCCAGCAACUUCAACCCUCUGCCCUACUGGAGCACGGGCUGCCAGCUGGUGGCCCUGAACUACCAGUCUGAAGGGCGGAUGAUGCAGCUAAAUCGAGCCAAAUUCAAAACCAACGGCAACUGUGGCUACGUCCUCAAACCCCAGCAGAUGUGCAAAGGUACUUUCAACCCUUUCUCUGGUGAUCCGCUUCCCGCCAACCCCAAGAAGCAGCUCGUCCUGAAGGUGAUCAGUGGGCAGCAGCUCCCCAAACCCCCAGACUCCAUGUUUGGGGACCGAGGCGAGUAUUCAUUCAGUGAACAUUCCCCAGUCCAUCCAUUCUGCUCUUGGGAGACAUUUGCGUUGUUUCCUGUGUGUGAUGAUUGUGAACACGGCUGCUCUGAGCUUGGACAGACGCUGCCAUUUCUGUGGAUCAUCGAUCCGUUUGUUGAAGUUGAAAUUAUUGGAUUGCCAGUGGAUUGUUGCAAAGAUCAAACCCGUGUAGUGGAUGACAAUGGAUUUAACCCAAUGUGGGAAGAAACCUUGACGUUUACAGUCCACAUGCCAGAAAUAGCUUUGGUCCGGUUCCUCGUGUGGGAUCAUGACCCUAUAGGACGAGACUUCGUUGGGCAAAGAACUGUGACCUUCAGCAGCUUAGUGCCUGGCUACCGGCACGUCUACCUUGAAGGACUGACAGAAGCAUCCAUAUUUGUGCACAUCACCAUCAAUGACAUCUGCGGAAAGUGGAGCCCUUUAAUCCUCAACCCCAGUUAUACCAUCUUGCACUUUCUAGGAGCCACCAAGAGCAGGCAGCUGCAAGGCCUGAAGGGCCUGUUCCACAAGAACACCCGGCUCGCUGCCUCUGAUAGCAACCCCCAUAGCAUGCGGAAGCGGUCACUCGGGGACAGGAUUCUGCGACGCACAGCCAGCGCUCCAGCCAAAGGCAGGAAAAAGAGCAAAACAGGCUUCCAGGAGAUGGUGGAGAUAAAGGAUUCCGUAUGUGAACCUGCAAGGGAGCCUGACGGGGUCCUGAGGAGGACGGCGCGGAGUCUGCAGGCGCGCCCUGUGUCCAUGCCUGUCGGCAGGACCCUGCUGGGGGCCUGGCCACCCGCGCCCGCAGUGGCCGAGGCUGCUGAAGGGAAGGAGAGCCCUCCGGCAGGGAAGGACGGCGCAAGAGACGGGGCAGCAGGUAUGAAAGACCCACGGCUUCCAAAUUUCAGCAAAAAGCUGUCCUCUUCCUCCAGCGCUCUCCUCCCCAAGGACGUCGGCCUACGGGGCUCCCCUGUUUCCACUGCCAACAUGUUGGUCCCAGGAGGGCAGUGGGCAGCGCCAGGCCCCGCGGGUGGGAGGGCCAGAUCGCACGUGGCAGGGGACUGCCAGGAACACCAGAGCCCCAGCAAGUCGCUGUCCCCGAGGCAGCACUGGGCUCCGGAUCCUGCACCUGAGCCGACACGAGAUCCGUGCGCUGUGAGAUUUAAGGAGCACGUGGAUGCCCGGAUUCCUGCGGAAGGGAGAAGCCUCCUUUCUCAGAGCAGUCUGGAGAUUAAGGCCCUGGGCGGCACCUGGGACCCGGGCAGAGCCGCAGCAUCCUUUUCUCUGUCUGACAUCUCGGCGCUCUGCGCGGACGCGCCUGACUUACACUCCACCGCGAUUCUGCAGGAGAGUGAGAUUUCCCGUCUCAUCGACGACGUCACUUUGACUAACGAGAACGAGCCGGGCAGUUCCAUCUCGGCCUUGAUUGGCCAGUUCGAGGAGACCAGCGACCAGGCCAGCCUCACAGUUGUUGCUCAUCUUCACAGCACCCGUGUGAGGCCAGGCCGUCCUCCCCUGCCCGCCGCGGACCUGGAAAUGCCCGUCAAGUGUGGCUUUCCCACGGGAAAACCCGAGUCACCCUUCCUGAGCUCGCCCCCUGCGCUGCUGCCAUCCUCGAGUCCUGAGACGUGCGAACGCUCAGCGCGCCCAGGUGUCUGUGAAACUACCUGCACUCUUGCUUGGAAAACCAAGCUGGAUGACGCCCCUCCUGGGAAGGCCAAGACCAGGGCCGUGGAAGGCAACCUGCCCCGGUCCUCGAGUACUUCUCACUGCUGGGGACCAAAAAGCCCCGCCCCUGGAGAGGCCCUGGAGACGGUGCAGGCGCGCAGCCUGGCCCCGGCCGCGGACUUGACGCUGGAAGGUGUAAUCGCUGAUCCCACUCUCUGUUUCAAUUCUGCAGAGAGCAGUCUCGUGGAACUGGAUGGAAACUCAGAAAACCUGUCUGUGACAGCCUGUGAGUCUAGGAGAGAGGGCACAAGUCACAUUGCUUCUCCUUUAAAACUGAAGUACAGUCAGGAUGCGGUGGGACAUUUUCAAAGAGGCUUGAGAAACGGCUACUGUAAGGAGACUUUGCGCCCUCCUGUCCCUGAAAUAUUCAGCAGCAUUCAGGAUGUCAGAAAUCAGGGUGUUUCUUGUCUAGCCCGUCAGGGUGCUGGUUCUGUGUAUGACCAUUUCUCAAAUUCAGAAGCAAAAACAAACCCGACUUGUGUGCCCCUGUCCAGUGCUCCGGACGUGCAUGCCCCUGCGCCCCCAUGGUCCACACGCGCUCCUCUGCCUGCUAUGAAGCUGCCCAGUCCUUGCAAGUCCAAAAGUCUGGGGGACCUAACGUCAGAAGACAUCGCCUGCAGUUUCGAAAGCACGUACCAGUGCAUCAGUAAGAGUUUUGUCGCGACGGGUGCCAGAGAGGAGGAGGGUGUGCGCGUGCCGACGGCGUCGUUGGGGCCGGUGGAUGCCCUGACCCAGCAGCUGCGCCGGCUCGUGUCCUUCGACCAGGAUGACGGCUGCCCGGCGUCAUGUUCACAGCAGGACACCGGUCAGGUCCCCAGGGUGCUGGUCAGAAAGCUGUCCUCCAGAAGUCAGAGCAGGGUGCGCAACAUUGCCAGUCGGGCCAGGGAACGGCAGGAGGCCGGCCGGCCCCGGGGCGCGGACCCCAGCGCUGCGGGCGGCGUGGUUCUGCGCACCAAGCGCGCGGCACCCGCACCCGCGGGGACCCGGCACUCCACGGGCUCCUAUGUGGCCCACCUGCAUCUGCCGGGCGCUCACCUGCCCGGCACCCACCUGCCUGGUGGCGAUGGCAGGGGCCCCCCCGAGGGCGCGUGCGCCUGCGCAGCCCUGCGCUCCCGCCGGACCCACCGCUUUGGUUCCGAUGAUUCUUUUGUGCACACUGAGCCCAGCAGUGAUGAUAAACCAGAGAUUUAUUUUCUUUUGAGACUGUGAGUUACAUAAAGCCGCAUUGUCAAUGUUUACAAUGUAUUCUAUAGAGUUGUCACUUGUCAGUUUUUAGUAAAUAUGGCCCUUGGCUUUGAAACGGUUUUAAACUUGGUUUUGGUCUCCCUCUGACUCCACGUGUUGUUCCUGCCCCUGUGUUUGGGUACAGUGUCGGUGACAUUUCCGUGUGCUGGGACCUCGCCCCCAGGUGUCAGCUCCACCAGCCUGGACCUUGUGCAUGCGCAGAGUGAGGCUUAGACAGCCUGGUGGUGUGUGUUCCCCAAGACGCUCUUCUCUCUGUGCCCUCAGGCCGCAGUCACCAUGUCAUCGUUUUACCCUCUAACUGUUGAGUUAAGAGACUUUGCAAAGGACAAACGGAUGAAUUCUUUACUUUACAGCCAUUUUCAUCUUUCCUAGUUUUCCCUCUUUGUGAGAAGCCCAGAUGCAAUUUUUAUAACUCAGUUACAACACGAUUGAAGUAGUUACCUUACCUUUUAAGAUUUCUAUCUCCCCCUGAGAGAUUGGUAGCUGCCCCCGCCCCACACACACACCCACAUUUUAGAGUAGGCUGUGAGGAUUUGAGGAAGAAAGGAAACUCUCUAUAUAAGGACAAAAUUGUUUGUUUUCCGUAAGUUUUGUUACAUAUUUUUGCUAAUGUCUUUGUAUGUCACAAGAACACAGUUGCCAAGCUAUUUGUUGUCCUUUUGAAUUUUCUGAUUAUAUUAUAGACUGCAAACAAUGGGUUUCAGAAUGAGCGACUUCCUUCAGAAGCUAACAAUGAUGGUAGCACAAAUUGAAAACUUCCCCAAAGCUUUCAAGAAAAAAAAGUCUCAUAAUAAAAGCCAAGUGAAUAGAUAAUUAGGAAAAAAGCUUUUCCCUUCAGGGAGCCAAGUAAUGUAUUUUAGUAUCAACAUCCGUUAUUUUCACUGUGAAUCCAUUUUUUAUUGCAUGUUCAGUUGUCCCUCUUUGCUUUUUUGUAACCUUAACUGCAAUGAUGUUCUUCUUGGAAU